GUUUAAAUUCUUUCAUAUAUAUAUAGAAGUUCCUUGAAUCUAAACGUCAAAUCAAAUUCACUAUGGCCACUUAUUCUCUUAAAUACUAUAAAUACAUGGUGUUCUGACUUUAUGUCUUCACUAAAUCAAUAUUAACAUAUCCGAUCCCGCAAAGCAAGCUACGCUUGUCUAUCCCCGCAAUAACACACCAAUACACAAUCUCAUCAACAUUAUUUCCUUAUCCUUCAAAGUUAUUAUUUGUUUCUUCGAGCUCUUAAAGAAGCAAUCUAGAUGUCCCGGAUAUCGUCAGACCCGCUUAUGGUUGGGAGAGUAAUCGGAGACGUUGUGGACAAUUGUUUGCAGGCGGUGAAAAUGACAGUGACUUAUAACUGCGACAAGCAAGUCUACAAUGGCCAUGAACUUCCUUCUGCAGUUACAAACAAACCCAAAGUUGAAGUUCAUGGUGACAUGAGGUCAUUCUUCACUUUGGUCAUGACUGAUCCUGAUGUUCCUGGACCUAGUGAUCCUUAUCUGAGGGAGCACUUGCACUGGAUUGUUACCGAUAUCCCAGGGACAACCGACGUGACAUUUGGAAAGGAAAUAGUAGGGUACGAGAUGCCUCGGCCAAACAUAGGGAUCCACCGAUUUGUGUAUUUGCUUUUCAAGCAGAACCGUAGAGGAAGUGUGGUUUCUGUGCCGUCUUACAGAGACCAAUUCAACACUCGGAUGUUUGCAUAUGAGAACGAUCUCGGCCUCCCCGUUGCAGCUGUUUUCUUCAACUGCCAGCGUGAGACCGCCGCUAGACGCCGUUAAUAUCGAUCGGUUGUUCCAUGCACUCUGACGGGAAGCAGCUUUUUAUAAUGAUAUAUCUAUAUAUGGUGGCUGUACUGUUAUGAACUAUUAUUAUCAUUUGAAUAAAUUCGGCAUUUCUUGUUUAAGUUUAUUUUCAUAUGGAUGGAUGUUUCUGGUAUUUUGGAUGUAGAUAUAACUGAUAUUUCUUAUCAUAAUCAAUUAUAUCAAUA